UCAGGUGAAUCACAGUCUCAAUUUUAUCGACCAAUCAUGAGCCUAAAUGGUGGAUUUUAUCUCUGUUGGUUAAGUGAAAUUCUACUAAAGUUUUGAAGCUUCAUGGAGUCUGAUAGAAUCAGUAAGGUUAGUAUUUUGCAGAGUUAUUAUUCGGUUAUUUCUGUUGAUUAUGGAGUGCCUUCCUGUCGAAGUCAUUGGAAACAUACUUUCCCGGCUUGGAGCUGCAAGGGAUGUGGUGAUUGCCUCUGCAACUUGCCGGAAGUGGAGAGAAGCCUUCCGGAAUCACCUCGAUACCCUUUCAUUCAACUCCAAUGAUUGGCCUGUUUAUCAUGAUCUCACUACUGGUCGACUGGAGAUCCUAAUAACCCAAACAAUAUUCCAGACCAGGGGUUUGCAGUGCUUGUCUAUUUUUAUGGACGAUGUUGAUGAGUUCUCAGCAGCUCCAGUAAUUGCUUGGCUUAUGUAUACGAGAGAAACCUUGCGUCAACUGUUGUAUAAUGUUGGUACUACCCCAAAUGUUAACAUUCUUGAAAAGUGUGGUAGGCAGAAGCUGGAAGUGUUAGAUUUGGCUCAUAAUUCCAUCACUGGGGUUGAACCCAGUUACCAGAGAUUCCCUUGCCUGAAAUCCCUGUCUCUGAGUUAUGUCAGUAUCUCUGCAUUGGAUCUAAGCCUUCUGCUCACUGCAUGCCCCAAGAUUGAAUUCUUGUCCCUUGUCAAUCCAGAAAUUGCCAUGUCAGAUUCUCAGGAGGCAACAAUGGAGCUUAGCAGUCCUACAUUGAAGAAAUUAUAUGUUGAAGCAAUCAGUUUGGACAAGUUUAUACUGGAGGCGGACAGUCUCGAGAGUUUGAAUCUAAAAGAUUGCACCUUAGAGUAUUUUGACAUCAUUGGCAAGGGUACCUUGAAGUAUCUCAAGAUUGAUGAUGUCAGUGUGCUCCAUCUCGAAAUUGAGAGUACUGAGAAUCUUGAGGUUAUAGAUCUCAGCAGCUUCACGAUCAUAUGGCCAAAGUUCUACCAAAUGAUCUCAAGAUCAUCAAAAUUGAGAAGGCUUCGGCUUUGGGGUGUGGUAUUCGAUGACGAGGAAGAGAUUGUGGAUUUGGAAACGAUUGCUGUUUGCUUUCCUCAGCUAAGCCAUCUAUCCAUGAGUUAUGAUUUAAGAGAUGGAUUGCUUAACUAUGGCUUGCAAGGGCCUACACAGCUGGAAAAUGUUGCUGUAUUGGAACUUGGGUGGACUGUAAUUAGUGAUCUCUUUUCUCAGUGGGUUGCUGGACUGCUUGAGAGGUGCCCUAAUCUUAAGAAGUUGGUCAUCCAUGGGAUUGUUUCAGAGGCCAAGUCACAUGAAGAAUGCCAUAUGUUGGCCAAUUUUACCUCGUCCAUUGUUCGGCUUAUGAGGAAAUAUAUGCGUGUUGAGGUGCAGUUUGAGUACGAAUAGAAAAUCUGUGAAAAUGGCUUUGGUGAGUUUUGAAUUAUAUCCAGCACUAGUUAUAUAAGGCGGUAAACUGUGCUACAUGUAGUGUCUUAGCUCUCUUCUCUUUUGUGUAUCUGAACUAAAUAUGUUGCCUGAACAAUUGUAAA